GAGGGCGGUAUUCGCCCAGCGCAGGAGGAGAAGGGACCUCAUCAUCUGUGAUGUCUAAACAUUCGGGGUGAAAAUAACACGAUUCGGUCGCUUUUCUGGUGCUCGAGGCUGCGAUCGGAGCACACCCCUCGGACGCGAGCGUCGCGGACAACCUUCGGACAUCCUCGGCAGGCAGACGGCGUCCGCGGGACGCGAACACGGCCGUAAAUGGCACAUUAAAGUGGAUUGAGCUCCGUGAGAAACAAAAAUGCUGGCCUGCCCGAUUCUGAUUAACGAGGAGACCCCAGAGGCGCUCUCCUACAUCUGCCUCAAAUACAUCUGCACCUGCCUGGACAGCAUUAGUUACCGCGAUCCAGUCAAUCCCUGGAUGCACCACCUUCUCCCAGGGGUGAUCUUGCCAAAUGAAAUUUGUGAAAGGCUGCUACAGGUAUUCCAGCAAGAGGGAAAUUCCGUGGACGAUGGCUUUGCGAAUCUCUUCAGCGACUCGCGGUGCAUGCCCUUGAAGAGACUGAAGCUGCGCAACUCUACACUGGGCAACGAGGCCCUGAAGCGGCUGUUGGGGGCGCACCGGCUCACCGAGGUGGACCUGCAGAGGUGCAGCCGCCUUACCGACCAGUGCUUUGAGACCCUCAACGCCACCAGCGACCAGUUGCUGUCGCUCUCCAUUGGCGACGACACCGGCAUUUUCCCAAAAACUCUGCACUCAGGCUCAGACGCCAGGAUGACCAGCGCUUACGAAGCCAGAGGCUUCAUGCUCAGGGCGCCCAAAUUGAAAAGACUCAGCCUCAGGAUGCAGUGUGAAAGGAAAUAUUUUCUAACGCUGUUGCGGCCGCUGAGAAGCCUGACUCACUUGGACUUAUCGUGUUGUGGCGGCCUCGGGUGUCUAGACUACCUGGACGAGAUGCAGUGUCUGAUGUCGCUCGUUCUAUAUAACGUGCAGGGCGUCCAGUCCAUGAUUCCAGCCAUCUGUUCAAUCAAAUCGCUCAGGCAUUUGGACAUUUCUCAAGCCAAUGAGAAACACGGAAAGUUUCUUGACGAGAACCAGGCGCUUCUUCUGCUAAUACAAAAUCUUCCCAACUUGGAAUCUCUUGACAUCUCUGGCACAAACUUGGCUGGAACCGGUGCUGCCGUGAUGCACGAAGGGCCCGUGAACAGUGAUUCAGGUGUGUCAGACAUUCCUGGACUGAAAUCCAGAGCCUUCAGGCCAUUGGAGUUUCUCGGCCUGUAUGGAACAAUGCACGGAGCUUGCCACCGGCACGACAUCCCAGCAAAAAGGAUAUCUGGAGAUGCAAACGAGCAGCAGAUUUUAACAGCAGCAGCCGCUUACCUGGACAGGCCGGAAAUUCUGCAGAAAGUUUUGAACGACUUGUACCACCUGUUCCGAUUCGAAUCGUGUCAAGACUUGAACAUGGCCUUAACUCUAGUCCUCGGAGCUAUGGAUAGACACAGAACGGAAAAGCACAUUCAGAUCUCAGGAAGUGCUACGUUAUUUUACAUCGUGAAAGGCAAGGAGAAGCAGGUGUUUGUGCCGCAUAUCAAGAAGAGAAUCGUCAGCACAUUGCUGAACGCGAUGAGCGCUCACAAAGACGAUGACACCAUGAUGCGCAACGGCUGUCUCACCCUUUGCCAAUUCAAAAUACCUCAGGACGUGCUCUUCGAAUAUCAACGGCUUGUUGAGAUUCUUCUCCACAUUGUGUCGGACAUGGAACAAGAAGGCUUUGUGCAGCGAAUCGGGAUUUACCUUCUGAACAGCUUGGCCUGCCAAGUAGAUGGCACACAGAAGCAGCUUUUGGGUGACAUGGGCGCGAUGGAUAAAAUGCUGCGGAUCAUCGAGGACAGGCUUCAGCGACGGCAUUGCGAUGACGUGCUAGAAGUGGCGUGGUCCACCAUGUGGAACGUAACUGACGAGACCGCUGUCAACUGUCAGCGAUUCCUCGAAGGCGGAGGCAUGGAUCUCUUCCUCAGAUGCCUCAAUACCUUUCAUGAAAAAGAAGAGCUGCUUAGGAACAUGAUGGGCCUGUUAGGCAACGUGGCCGAAGUGAAACACUUGCGGCCCAAGCUCAUGACCAGCGAGUUUGUCAAUGUCUUUGCCAAUUUGCUCGACUCUACCAGUGAUGGAAUUGAGGUGAGCUAUAAUGCAGCUGGUGUGUUGUCGCACAUGGCGUCCGACGGUGCUGACAAGUGGACAAUGACCACGCCACGCAGAGAGGAUGUGCUUUCAAGAAUGGUCGGUGCCGUCGAAAAGUGGGAUUUGAACACUGAAAGAAAUAUUAAUUACAGAUCAUUUGAACCAAUUUUGCACCUUGUUAAUGUUAACCACACUCCGGAAUGCCAGCAUUGGGCUGUCUGGGCGUUGGCCAACCUAACCGAAGUCUAUGCAAAUAAAUACUGCCAGCUGGUGAUCGAAGAGGGCGGAGUCCAGCUGCUGUAUGCUCUGCUGGCGCACGAGGCGCCAUACCCAAGAAUAAAGGAGCUGGCAACCAAAGUGAUCGACAAGUGUCGUGAGCAGUUCCCCGAGCAUCCUGUCUUUGCUAGCUUUCCCAAAUUUCUAACGCAGCCCAUCAACAAAUAAGCAGCUGCCACCGCCUAGAUAUCUACUUGUAACUCUAAAUAAUAUUCGUCACAGAAAAUUUUCAAAAUGUGAUAUUAAAGCGUUAAUUUGAGAGCACAAUUCUAAAAGAGAACAGAUAAUUAGAACCCUUCAUUAGUGCGCAUUAAUUCAAUAAUUGGCUUACAAACAGCAAAAGAAAUAAAUUAACACUCUUCUCAAUUCUGAUCACGUUUUCUUCGGUUCAAACAAAGUAUAUAUUUUUGUUGGUUACUUUUUAAGUGAUAAAUGUUUGUGUGACCGAUAGGCUAUUUCAUAGUUAUCCUCGAUCGAAAGAGAGGUUGAAAAUAUUUCACUGAAUCCUAAAAAAGUGGCCUCGCGAAUUGCAUGCAAUACUCUUAUUAAUUUGAAUCGGAAAAAGUGCACCUUGGUGAAAUAAAUGCUACACAUCAAGUUUUUGUUACUUUGAUAUCAUUUAAAUUGGUUGAAAGUGUUAUACGACCGUAAAUAUUUUACCUCUCAUGUUUACCGAUUUGUAGAGAUAUGCCAGAAAAUAGUUUCCCGUUCCCAAGCUUCGGACAAAUAUGCUCUUUAAGUCUUAAUAAAUGAAUUUUAAUAAUAA